AUGGCUAUGCCACCAACAUUUGGAUUCACCCAAGAGCAAGUUGCUUGUGUCUGCGAGGUUCUUCAACAGGGAGGCAGUAUUGAACGUCUCGGCCGAUUUCUGUGGUCGUUACCGGCCUGUGAACACCUACAUAAAAACGAGAGUGUCCUUAAAGCGAAGGCUGUGGUUGCCUUUCACAGAGGAAACUUUCGGGAGCUUUACAAAGUUCUAGAGAGCCACCAGUUCUCUCCGCAUAAUCACCCCAAACUCCAACAGCUCUGGCUUAAAGCGCAUUACAUAGAAGCGGAAAAGCUGCGCGGUCGUCCGCUCGGUGCAGUAGGAAAGUACCGGGUCCGAAGGAAGUUCCCUUUACCCCGAACCAUAUGGGAUGGCGAGGAGACCAGCUACUGCUUCAAGGAGAAGAGCCGUUGUGUGCUCAAGGAGUGGUACACUCACAACCCGUAUCCUUCCCCAAGAGAGAAACGGGAAUUAGCAGAGGCCACUGGUCUUACGACCACCCAGGUCAGCAACUGGUUUAAGAACAGACGGCAGAGGGAUCGUGCAGCAGAGGCAAAGGAGAGGGAAAAUGAGAGCGCCAAUCCGAACGGACAUAACCCACUGGCCUCACACAUAAACGAGAACAAGUCACUGUGUGAGAGUUCUGACGACGAGAAGUCGCCAGCCGGGACCCCGGACCACACUUCCCUGAGUCCUGCUAUGCUCAUGUCUUCAAAUUCAGGUUUGCCUCCAUUGCACAGCUUCGCGCCUCCGCCUGGACCCAGCGCCAUUCCCGUCAGUGGCGCUGAAACAAUUCAUCAUACCCAUCAGCAACACACCCACCAUCACCAUCUUUCCAUGCACGAAGCCUUACUCAAUCCUAUGUCAGCCAGCCUGGUGGAUCUAGGAUCGUAA